ACACCAUUCCAAAACCUAUCGCUUAUCUUGCUUGAUCCCACAUCAAAACUGCCCCCCCCAUCCUCACCCAAAUGAAUAAUUACAUGCCUCUCAGAUCUGUCAAACACAGAACACUGCAGGGCAGCUUCAGUCUCAAGAUAAUUGCAUAAACCAAGUUUACAGAGCAAGCAACCGCUUGAAAACUUUUUUUUCUUUUUUUAUCAGCUCUGUACUAGAUAGAUAGAUAGAGCUUGUGAAAUUCAGAGCAGUAUUUUUUCUGGAUCUUGUGAAUACAGGAAUUGUCAUGGGACCAACUUCUACCCAAGUCUGCAUAGAUUACACUGGGUGUGAGCAGGACAAAGACAUGAAAGCUGGCAUGGAGGAGGAUGUGAUGGGGUGCUCUGGAGUUUUGCUUGCAGAGAGAAGAGGGAAGCCACAUCCUGAGCAAGCCUUGAAGUGUCCAAGGUGUGAUUCAGCAAAUACCAAGUUUUGCUAUUACAAUAACUACAGUUUAUCACAGCCUCGUUACUUCUGCAAGACAUGCAGAAGGUACUGGACUAAAGGAGGAACUCUGAGGAAUGUUCCAGUUGGAGGAGGGUGCAGGAAGAACAAGAGAGCCAAGAGAACAUCUGACGAAGGAAGCUCCAUGUCUACUGUUACUGAUCAUACAAGUAAUGAAUUCAGCCGACUUUUGGAGAAGGACAUUAAUAAUCCCUCCAUCUCAGGCUCUAUGUUUUUUGGGAAUGACAUGAAUGCAGCAUUUGCUAGAAUUCAGGAGGCUGCAAGGCUGGGUGUUGAGGAUUCUGCCUUCACAAGUUCUAAUACUGCUGAUUUCUUGGGAGUAUCAUAUGAUGGUAUGCAUCCAAUGAAAUCCACUGGGUUUUCUGGUAUGGAGUUUCUGAAAUCUCUGAGGAGGAUUGAUGGUGAUGUUGGGGAUGUAAAUUGCUUGCUGGAUCCUCAAUUAGGAGGUCUUUCCAAUUUGGCUCCUUUCACUGGAAUGAAUAGCUUUUAUCCUUGGAGGUCGCAUGAACAGGAGCACAAAUUUGAGGCCCCUGCCAAGGAUCUUGAUGCAGGAUCCAUGCUGAUGAAUUUGGAGGCUCAAACAGCUGAAAAUUCAGUUAAGCAGCCAAAGUUAGAGCUUCUCACAGGCUUGGGCUUUGGUCAGGGUAAAGAAUGGCAAGACCAAUUGCAGGCCAGCUAUCCUACAGCAAGGAAUUCUGCCUACUGGAAUAAUGGAGGAGCAGGAGCAUGGCCAUAUUACACCUCAUCAUCUGCAAGGCGAGCCAACCAUUCUUGUUUUUAUGCAGAGAACCAUCAGCAACAUUUCUUAUUAUAGAUGGGCACAAAGUCAAUAUAUUGUACAGAAUAUUUGAUGGUUAUUGCUGUCAAAUUUAUACGCUGUUUACGCUUAAAUUAUAUCAGAAUGUUGAAAAAACAUAAUAAAAAUUGCAUGAUGGUGGAGAGCGUGAUACGCAAAAAUGAGUGUGAAUUGCAUAAAAGUACGACAGAUUGCAUUGAUCGAUCUACAGUCAAGAAUAGUGGGAAGAAUCAGUCAACUAGAUCGUGAAACAAGAAAACCCAUUUAUAUUCUAAGAGUACAAAAAAUAAGUGCAGCGAGCGAAUACCCAUGAACAAGAAUAAAUCAGAAUGCCUCAAACUGUAGAUCCCCGAGUUAUUCAAGCAUUUUGCAUGGAGUUUUAGUAAUCACCAUGAAGGAAAUUAGUGUCAAACUAAUACCAGGUAGAUUCAUCACCAUUCUGAAUAUAGAUGAAGAGAAUAGAAAGAUCUAAGGAGUAAUAUAGAUACAAAUUCAUAAGAUUUUAGUCUAAUGGUGAAUCUAGAAAAGAAAGAUCUAAGAAGUAAUGUCGCUCUCAAUAGUAGAUUUCCAGCCCUGUGUGAAUGGAAUUAGAGAUUCAAUAUUUGUACGUGGGUCUUUUCUGAAAACAAUAAAUUGGCCUGUUGGGCAAAGCACUUUAUGUUCCUUGAUCACAGUUUAGAAGACAGAGAGAUGGA